AUGCUUUUGUUCAUUUUUAUCACCAAUUAUGUAGAUUACAUUUGUACCGCGGAUGAUGCAGUGCCACAUAAUACGACCCCGAAUAAAGAAAAAGUGAACAAAAAGGUCAGAUUUGAUGAUGAACUAUUACAAACUUUGGCAUCAAAUUCUGGCGAGGAAUUACGUGAAAACCAUGAAAACAUAGGAAACGCUAAAACGGAACAGAGAACGAUGGUGUCAGAAACGGAAAUGAUACAUGCUGAGAUGACGCAUUUGCAGGAUACGGUUGACAAAUUUUUAAAGGAUUUCGGUACUUUAGUGCACAGAAACAUGUUUGACAAACACAUGAUGCAUUUUAAACGCUGUCUGCCUACGUUACAUGUUCGAUGGCAAUACAAAAUGCUGAUGGAGAUGUUUUUUAACAGCUGGGAUUCUUUUUUUAAUCAAACUGCAAAAAUAGCUGAAAUGAUGGAUAGCCUCAUGGAAUGUUGUGAUAACACCGAGCACGAAGAAAACGCAGAAUUUACAAGCGCAAAGAUCGAUUUUGGUGCGAUGAUAGAUGAAAUAGCAGCCUUGGAAUCACCAGGUAACGAAUGCUCAGGUGCUAGUGCAACUCAGAAUAAUGCUCAUCAUGGAACGAAUGAAAAUGCUCUUGUCUCUGAAUAUUCAGAUAUGACUCUCAAUAUCAAAAAGCGUGUGCAGUAUGAUGGUUUUACAGAUACUACUAACCCAAAUUAUAUGAACAUGCCAUUUAUUACACAGAAUAACAUAACAUAUGCCCCAAAAAGUGUUCUUAAAUCCCGAAGAAACCUUGAUGUCAAAGUAAGCCAGGAUCACAAAAACGUCAGCAUAUUCGAUGAUUCUUACGAUUGCAAAAUUUCUCGGCGCAAUAAUUCGUUUAAAUCAGUAGAUGACCACGAUUACUUACACGACGAUAAAAGUUCUGACAGCGAAUUGUACGGCAUCUUUCAAACCUCAAAUAAGGAGGAGGUGAUAUAUGAACAACCGAUCGAUCCUCUAUCACAAGAAGUACAUUCUACAAAAAAUCGCUCAAAAUCUCACGAUACCAAUUCAUCAUCUAUUUCCUGUAGUGGAAUACGAAGCUCAACGAGAAUGCAAAAGUUAUUAAACUCAAGAAAUCGCAAUGCCAAUAGUGCUGGACAUUUGGAUGAAAACAACUUUCAUGAAUGGGUGCGAGAAGAUGAGCCAGAAAAAAAAAGUGAAGAGCAUCCUAUAGCGGAUAUAUUCGGACUAUCAUCCAGCCUCAUGGAAAACACCGCUAAGAGAUGGUUGAUUCGAGAGAAAUCUACAAGGAAUAAUCGGUUAUUUUCCACCUGUUCUCAAUCAGACGAUUCCGACCACUUUAAAGAGGAGAGCUCCGGCGGCACGAUAAAUUCAUCGGAUGUUAAAAUGGUCCACGGAAAUGAAGCUGCUGGCGGGAGUACCGCACAUUGUGAUCCUAAUAAUAAAAAAUAUGCGAAAUCAAAUGAUACGCUCGAACUAAAGGGAAAAAAAUGUCAAAUUGUAGCAUAUAUUGGUGAUUUGUCUAUUGCAGUUAAGGAAAUCCCGCAAAAUGCAAUAGUGUCGGAGAAGUUUUCAGACGUAACCCGGACUACAUGUCAGAGGCCAUGCGAUAGUUAUAUUGAUUAUGAAACUGCAACGAAUAAUGUGUCCAUUAACAUAUAUGGUGAUUCGCUUGGAAUUGAUAGUCAUAAGAAACACACCUUCGCUUCGUUUAUAAACAAAAAAAACCGUUCGCCUGGCAGCAUACGAAAUAUUGAGUUACAAAUUCUGAAAUCUACAUAUAUCAUUACGAUCAAGGUUUUUGAAUAUAAAGCGGUUCUUUUCUACCAAAUAAGUGUCAAUAAAACGUUCCUACGUGUUCUAACGAAUGAGUCGAAAUGUAUACAAAAUAGCACUGUUUACAGAGUGCUGAAUGAAAAGAGUAUAAGCAACUUGUAUUCGCUCUUAAGCACAAUAUUUAAAUCUGAGUCUACAACCUAUCACCGUCUAUUCGGUAAUGAUAAAGUAUUAGUGUUCGGAAUGGAUAUGUUCGAGAAAAUAGCAGACGAAAUCUUGUCAUACACGCUUAAAACACCUUCAGCUGAUUUUUACAAGCUAAAAAAGCAGCAACUAUCGAGUAUGAUCGAUGAAACCAUGCUCAACAUACUUAAUUACCUAUUUAUUGUCGAAAACAUGAAUAGCUGGUGCGAGUCCAUUAAAACCAAGAGACUUUGUCGUAUUCUGGCAGGUUUGCUCCUUCUGACAGAAGGCUUUUCCCAGGAGGGUACCAAUCAGAAGAACAUGCACAAAUGUCUGUUAGAGCUGCUUUUCGAUUGUAAGAAUUUCAUAAUUCGUGGAGAGAAAUAAGCGGAUAUGAUCGAGAA